AGUCAAGCCGUGAGGCCUUCUGGGAGGUGUUGUGUUGUGGAACGUCCGUUGGGAGGCAGACGCGGUGGGGUGGUUCGACGUUGCCAGCGCCUGGCCCGGGCCUUCCUCGGGUCUCCUUCAUCCAUCCUCUCGGAAACUGCGCGCUAGAUGUGCAUUCGGGCGUUUCCGGCAGGUCUGUCUUUUAUGAGAGUAUAUAGCCGGCCUUUUAUCGUGUUUGACUGUUAUUAUAAUAGGUCAGUUCUAUUCAGUAUGGGAGUGGUGUAUGAAGGACAUGGAUACCAGAAGACAGUGAUCAUUGGGGGCCACCUUGGAGUCUGGUUCCCAUAGGGAUCCAUUGAGAAGACAUCUGGUAAACUGAAUUUAUAUCAUAAGUCCACAGGUCCUAGCUCCACAAAGAUAAAACAAAUCAUUGAUGGGAAGACAAAGCCCUGAAGAACAUAUAUCUAUAAUGGAUGGAGACCUUCUGACCUGAAACCUCCCAUAGAAGCUGAGGAGUCCUGAGAUAAAGUAAACACUGAAAUUGCUGGACCUGCAUCCUGCCUUAAUCCCUCUGCCUAGAGUGGGAAAGACCUGAAUGACAUCUCAGCCUUUGGAGAUCAGCAGUGGCUGUGUGACAGUGGAACGUUUAACCCAGAUGAUGGAAAGGAGAGCGUGGUGUUCUCCAGACUCUGCCCUUUUCAAGGAAGAAGAGGAUAUGACCAGUUCUCUUGAAAGAGUAACAUUUAAGGAUGUGGCUGUGGACCUCACUCAGGAGGAGUGGCAGCAAAUGAAACCUGCUCAGAGGAACUUGUACCGUGAUGUGAUGCUGGAGAACUACAGCAACCUAGUCACAGUGGGCUGUCAAGUCACCAAACCAGAAGUGAUCUUCAAGUUGGAGCAGGAAGAGGAGCCAUGGGUAGUAGAAGAAGAAAUGCUUGGGAGGCAUUGUCCAGAAGUUUGGGAAGUUGAUGAACAGCUCAAGAAGCAACAGGAAACACAUGUGAGGAAAGUCACAUCCAUCUCCAAGGAAACUCUAAUUAAGGAAAAUGUCAUUGAAUAUAAAAAUGUUGCAAAAAUAUUUCCUCUGAGCACAGACAUUGUUACUUCAAGACAAAACUUCUACAAAUGUGACUCACUUGAUAAAGGUUUUGAACAUACUUUAGACUUACUUAGUUAUGAGAAAAGCUGUAUAAGAGAGGGAAAUUACGAAUGUAAUAAGUAUAGGAAACCAUUUUACCAUUGCUCAACUCACGUUGUAACCUCCUUUAAGUGUGCUCAAUGUGGGCAGGACUUUAGUCAUAAAUUUGAUCUUAUCAGACAUGAGAGAAUUCAUGCUGGAGAGAAACCCUAUGAAUGUAAGGAAUGUGGGAAAGCUUUCAGCAGAAAGGAAAAUCUUAUUACACAUCAGAAAAUUCAUACUGGGGAAAAACCAUAUAAGUGUAAUGAAUGUGGAAAAGCUUUCAUUCAGAUGUCAAACCUUAUUAGACACCAGAGAAUUCAUACCGGAGAGAAACCUUAUGCAUGUAAGGAUUGUUGGAAGGCCUUCAGUCAGAAGUCAAAUCUCAUUGAACAUGAGAGAAUUCAUACUGGAGAAAAACCCUAUGAAUGUAGGGAAUGUGGAAAAGCCUUCAGCCAGAAGCAAAAUCUUAUUGAGCAUGAGAAAAUUCAUACUGGGGAGAAACCUUAUGCAUGUAAUGAGUGUGGUAGAGCUUUUUCUCGAAUGUCAUCUGUUAAUCUACAUAUGAGAAGUCACACAGGGGAGAAACCCUAUAAAUGUAAUAAAUGUGGAAAAGCCUUCUCUCAAUGCUCAGUAUUUAUUAUACAUAUGAGAAGUCAUACAGGUGAGAAACCCUAUGUAUGUAGUGAAUGUGGGAAAGCAUUCUCUCAGAGUUCAUCCCUUACUGUACAUAUGAGAAAUCAUACAGCUGAGAAGCCCUAUGAAUGUAAUGAAUGUGGAAAAGCCUUCAGCCGGAAAGAAAAUCUCAUUACACAUCAGAAAAUUCAUACUGGAGAGAAACCUUAUGAAUGUAAUGAAUGUGGGAAAGCUUUUAUUCAGAUGUCAAACCUCAUUCGACACCAGAGAAUUCAUACUGGUGAAAAACCCUAUGCGUGUACAGUAUGUGGGAAAGCCUUUAGUCAGAAAUCAAAUCUCACUGAACAUGAGAAAAUUCAUACUGGAGAGAAACCCUAUCAUUGUAAUCAAUGUGGAAAAGCUUUCAGUCAGAGACAAAACCUUCUUGAGCAUGAAAAAAUUCAUACUGGAGAGAAACCAUUUAAGUGUAAUGAAUGUGGUAAAGCUUUCUCUCGAAUCUCAUCCCUUACUCUUCAUGUUAGAAGUCAUACAGGGGAGAACCUUAUGAAUGUAAUAAAUGCGGAAAAGCCUUCUCUCAAUGCUCAUUACUUAUUAUACAUAUGAGAAGUCACACUGGUGAGAAACCCUUUGAAUGUAAUGAAUGUGGGAAAGCCUUCUCUCAAAGAGCAUCCCUUUCUAUACACAAGAGAGGUCAUACAGGUGAGAAACGAAGAGUAUACUAAAUGAAUAAAGGCCUUCUCUUAAAUUCAAUGCAAUUUUUACUUGACUUUAAAAUAUCUUGGCAUAAUCUCCAAAACAUGAACAAGAUCUUUAUGAAAAAAUUGUAAAGCUUUAUCAAAGGCAAAAGACGUGAGUAAAUGCAGAGAAAUACCAUGGAUGUAGAUGGAAAAACCCAAUAUCAUAAAAUGUCUGUUCUUCCCCCAAAUUAACCUAUAGACCUAAUACAGUUACAAACAUCUAAUAGGAAUUUUCUAGGAUCUUUACAAAAUGGUUCUAAAAUUCUUAUGAAAUAAGUCUAUGGAUUGCUGAAACAAUAUUGAAAAAGAAUAGAGCAGACAUACCUUCUACCAUAUACUACACAUAUUAUGAAGUUAUGGUCAUAAAAUGGUGUCUGGUAUUAGUAUAUUAAUGGGCAAGUAAAAAGGUUUUACAGAAUAGAAUGCCUAGAAGUAAACCAAUGAAUAUAUGCGAACUUGGUGUAUAUUAGGCACGACACCAUGAAUCAGUAGGAGAAUGAUGGCCUAGUUAAUAAAAAUUGUUGGAGUAUUUUAAUCUCCAUAUUAGGGAAAAUAAAACUGUACACAACCUUACAACAUAUAAAGAAACAGAAUUCCAAAAGAUUUGAACACUGAAAUCUCAAAGGCCAAACUGAACUUCUUGGGAGGAAAUAGCAGGAUAUUCUCUAUGACUUUAAAGCAGGGAGACAGUUUUUAAAAAGAUCCUGCAGUUCUACUUUUGGAUAUACUUCCUAAAGAAAUUCACAAAUAUGCAUAAUAAAUAAAUAUAUAUAUAUAUAUCUGGAUUGAAAAUCUAUAUAUGGAAGAGGUAAUGAUGAAUAAAAUGUGAUACGCUCAAAUAAUGGAAUGUUGAAAGUAAUGAACUUGAUCUAUAUUGUAUAACUUGAGUAGUUAUCUAAAAUAAUGUUGAGUGAAAAAGUCAAGAUCCAGAGGAAACAUAGUGUAUAACAUUCAUGUAAAUUGGAAUGAAAUCAUUCACAAAAAAUAGAACUAUGUUUUUAUUAUUGAAAUGUGUAUGUAGAACUAUCUUAAGUGCAUUAAAAUGGACAUAUACCAAAUUAUUGAUAGUGUUGUCUCUGGCAGGAGAUUAGGAUUAAAGGUGUUGAUCAAAGGGGACUUUUAGCUUUACUUGUAAUUUUUAUGCCUUAAAAAAAGAUUGAUAACAUAUAAAAUAAAUCUUAAAAGUUGAUGCACAAUGGUGA